CCGAAGACAUUCUUACUUGUCUUUGAAGAACCGCUAUUUGUCAGGUCUGCGCCGGCCGGGGUCGCCGGUUUGCCUUCAAUCAUGCCAGGCAAAGCCAAGCAAGGGAAAGCAUUGCCAAGAGAGUGCCACGCAGCGCCAAGCAAGGCCAAACAAUGCCAGGGAAGGCCAAGUAGUAGCAAGAACCAACGAGCGACGCCAAGCAAUACCAAAAAAUAUUUAAAACAAUACAAAACAAUGCCAAACAAUGCCAAGAAACACCCUCCGUGCUUAGUUACUUACUGAGGCUUCGCCGACUUUCGGUCGCGCCAGACUUUUAUGAUCGGACACGUCGGCAUGCCGACAAGAUAGCCUUCGGCUUACAAACGCGACACGAACAGCCAGCCUCAGGAUCCACCGACGCAAGCGGACGAUGACGCUGUGGCAACUGUCGGCCCUAGGUUGACACCAAGAAACAGACUCUGGAGAGUCUGGGUCGCAACCGAAGCCGCUAGAAGACCUCGGCCUGGCAAGAAGGCCGCUGCUCAGCGUACUAGUACCGGUACGUGUCAGGCUUGAAGGGGCCAGUGGCCUUCACACCGAUGUAGUCGGCCUGCUCCUUCGUGAGGGUCGUGAGCUGGGCACCGAGCGCCGGCAGGUGCAGGCUGGCAACCUUCUCGUCGAGGUCUUUGGGGAGGAGGUACACGUUGUUCUUGUAGCCCUUCUCCUUGGCCGUGAGCAGGUCAAUCUGCGCGAGGACCUGGUUCGUGAACGAGCAGGACAUCACGAAAGAUGGGUGUCCAGUGGCGCAGCCGAGGUUGAGCAGCCGCCCAGCCGCCAGGACGAUGAUGCCGUGCCCGUCUGGGAAGACGUAGCGGUCAACCUGCGGCUUGAUGUUCUCCACCUUGAUGCCUUCGAACUUCUCCAGAUUUUCCAUCUCGAUCUCGUUAUCGAAGUGGCCAAUUGCCGACGAUGGCUUGUUCUUCAUCUUCUUCAUGUGCUCCAGCGUGAUGAUCUUGAAGUUUCCUGUGGUGGUCGUGAAGAUGUCGAUCUCGCCGACAACGCUCUCCAUCGUAACCACCUGGAAGCCCUCCAUGCAUGCCUGGAGCGCACAGAUGGGGUCACACUCAGUGAUCAGAACCCUGGCACCAGCACCGCGCAUGGCAAACGCGCAACCCUUGCCCACAUCACCAUAACCACAGAUCAGCGCACGCUUGCCCCCGAUCAUCACGUCUGUGGCACGCAUGAUGCCAUCUGGCAGCGAAUGCCUGCACCCGUAGACAUUGUCGAACUUGGACUUGGUCACGCAAUCGUUAACGUUGAUGGCUGGGAACAGGAGCUCGCCCUUCGCAGCCAUCUCCUUCAGCCUGUGGACGCCAGUGGUGGUCUCCUCGCUGACGCCCUUGCACUUCGCGGCCAUGCGCGUGUACUUUGUCUUGUCGGCCGGGAUGGAAUCUCGCAACAGCUGCAAGAUGCACUUGAAUUCGGCGUUGUCCGUGCUGGCAGGAUCGGGCAGGGAUCCGUCCUUCGCGAACUUUUCCUCGAACUCCUUGCCCUUGUGGAUCAGCAGCGUCGCGUCGCCGCCGUCAUCGACGAGCUGGUCGCAGCCGUCCGCGCCUGGCACUGUCAUCAUCUGCUCGGUACACCACCAUACUCCUGCAGGGUCUCGCCCUUCCAUGCGAACACGGUGGAUGUCUCGGCCUUCGCGAUGGCCGCAGCCGCGUGGUCCUGCGUGCUGAAGAUGUUGCAGGAGCACCAGCGCACUUUGGCCCCAAGCGCGUGCAAGGUCUCGAUGAGGACGCCGGUCUGGAUAGUCAUGUGCAGAGACCCGUUGAUGUUCAUCCCCUUGAAGGGCUGCUUCGGGCCGAACUCCUUGCGGGCCGCCAUGAGGCCCGGCAUCUCGUGCUCCGCCAGGCUGAGCUCUUUGCGGCCGAACUCGGCGAGGCCCAUGUCCUUGACCUUGGACUCCGCCAUGACUUCGCAGCCUGGCGUGACGCGCGGCGAGAGUUAGGGGGAUGCUCGCUCGAGGCUUGUCCUGUCCAACUGUCUUGAGCCAAAACGGCUACGGAGGAUGGUGGUGAUGAUGGUGCUGAUGGUGGCGGCGAUGACCGAAGACAUUCUUACUUGUCCUUGAAGAACCGCUAUUUGUCAGGUCUGCGCCGGCCGGGGUUCGCCGGCUUGCCUUCGAUCAAGCCAGGCAACGCCAAGCAAGGGAAAGCAAUGCCAAGAGAGUGCCGCGCAGCGCCAAGCAAGGCCAUGCAAUGUCAGGGAAGGCCAAGUAGUAGCAAGAAACAACGAGCGACGCCAAGCAAUACCAAGCAAUGCAUCGCAAUGCCAAGCAAUGGCAAGUAAAUCAAAUGCCAAUACAGAGAAAUGCAAAACAAUGCAAAACAAUGCCAGGCAACGCCUUCCAUGCUUAGAGACUUAGUGAGGCUUCGCCGACUUGCGGUCGCGCCAGGUUCAUUUCAUGAUCGGACACAUCGGCAUGCCGACAAGAUAGUCUCCUACUCACACACGCGACACGAACAGCCAGCCUCAGGAUCCACCGACCCACGCGGACGAUGACGCUGUGGCAACUGUCGGCCGUAGGUGGACACCAAAACGAAGACUCCUUAGAGUCUGGGUCGCAACCGAAGCCGCUAGAAGACCUCGGCCUGGCAAGGAAACCCGCUGCUCAGCGUACUAGUACCGGUACGUGUCAGGCUUGAAGGGGCCAGUGGCCUUCACACCGAUGUAGUCGGCCUGCUCCUUCGUGAGGGUCGUGAGCUGUGCACCGAGCGCCGGCAGGUGCAGGCUGGCAACCUUCUCGUCGAGGUCUUUGGGGAGGAGGUACACGUUGUUCUUGUAGCCCUUCUCCUUCGCCGUGAGCAGGUCAAUCUGCGCGAGGACCUGGUUCGUGAACGAGCAGGACAUCACAAAGGACGGGUGUCCGGUGGCGCAGCCGAGGUUGAGCAGCCGCCCAGCCGCCAGGACGAUGAUGCCGUGCCCGUCUGGGAAGACGUAGCGGUCAACCUGCGGCUUGAUGUUCUCCAC